AUGUCUACACCAGAUAUCGACCCAUACGGCGUACUCGGUGUCGCCAAUGAUGCAACAACCACCGAGAUCAGGGCGGCUCAUCGGAAGCGGGUGCUCAAAUGUCAUCCCGACAAGAUUCAGGACGUCUCACAGCGGAAUGCAGCCCAAGAUGAAUUCCAGAAAGUUCAACAAGCCUAUGAACUACUCUCAGAUGAUCUUCGCAGACAGAAAUAUGACGAGAAGGUCAAGAUAGCCGAACUCAAGCGCAAGCUAGCAGAGACCAGACGGACGGACCCAUACAAUUCUCCGCGCGCCAACAAUCGCGAAUUCCGCAAUGGCCAUAUCGUGGAGGAGAGGGUCCCGCUGGAUGUCUACUUUGAGGAGGCGAUGCGAUUCACAGAGGAGCCCCGCCCAAUGUCCCGCAAGACCAAUGAAGAAUUCAGUUUCCGUACGAAGCCCAAGCCUACGGCCGCGGAGGAGAAGAAAAAACCUCGCACUCCGUUGAGCUCGGACCGCGCGGCAAAGGAAAAACGGGAUACUACCAAAGCCACACACUACGACCGCGCCAAAUUGCGCGAUCAAGAGCGGCGACGACAAACCGAGGCCAAGUUCGAGGCCAAUUAUGCCGAUUCCGAUGAUGACUCGGAUUCCAGCGGAUACCGCAGGCAUGAGAGGCGACAAAGUGCAACUCCUCGCCGGGACCGGGACGAACGAGAGUCGCGAUCCCGACAAGAAUUUUCACGCCGCCGUGAACGUCGCUACGGGGACGAUGACUUGAAAAAUAAGAUCGAGACCACAACCUUCGAUGCGGAGGACUACAUCGCAUCCAAGGGUCGAUCUUCCAAGUCUCCACGUGCCUACCGUGGUUACGACUCGACGGAACCAGAGUCCUCCAGCUCACGGUCCGAACGGCGACCCCCUCGUUCCUCAUCGCGCAACAACUCAUAUGAGAGCACGGGUACCCCCAGGGGUUACGAGGUCAAACCGUCCAAGAUGCCAUCUGCCACGACCGCUCCAAGCAUCAAGACUCCACGUCCAUUCCCCUUCACUCGCUCCCAUACUACCACCAGUACACCCACUGGCUACGUGCGCACCAAGCUAGAAACCCGUGACAGUCGCAAGUCUCGUGAUUCGACUCUCCACGAUAUGGCGCAUGAACCAAUGCCAUCAUCACGCACUUCCAAAAUGCGUGAUCGCACCGACUCUGGUUAUUCCAGUCCAAGCACCCCAGACCUCCCACGAGGAACCUCUCCCAAGACUUCCCAACGCUACAGCAUCCUUGAGGAACCAGAAUGUCGCAUUGUUGAACCAAAGUCCUCAAAGUACCGUUCAGCCCGAUCUCCGGAGCGGGAACGCCCAACCACGACUCGCACAACCCCCAAACGAAGCAGCACGUAUCAAGCAUACGAGCCUUCACCACGUUCAGAGCGGGAGCGCUCCUCGCGAACUCCUCGCUCUUAUGAUGUCCAUUAUAUCUCCAGGCCCAAGGAGAAGGAUAUGAAAUCCUCGCGGGCCUAUCCCGAUGAUAUUUAUUCGUCUAGACGCACUUACGGCGACGAUGAUUAUCGAUUCCCUCCAGACAGACGCCAAUCUGUCAGAUGA